CAUUCACGAACAUGCCAUCACUCACUGUCUGACAUGCUAUGCUACAGUUUCUCUGCCCCAAGCCCAGUGCCCGGGGUCGAAACAGUGCGGUUCAAGCCACUGUCCGACGACCAGGGACCUAUCGCUACCGUCCAGUUUUUGUAUAGAUCUGAACGUUCCCUGGUCAAUCAAGGCAUCACGCGGCGCCAUCAUCCGUACCAGCACCCUUCUACCACCAGCCCUACCCUUGUGAAGAAGGAGAAGACCUCACACGCGCCCGGCGCAGCUGUUCCCCUUCCUCACGACACGCUUGCCUUGAACACUCCCAAGAAGAAGAACAAGAAGAAGCACGAGGCCCCUUCCCCAGACGCCGCGGCGGCUCUGCUGUCCCCCAGAUUGAGCAGAUUCAAGCUCCAGGAGUCAGCCGAUCAUGAAGAUGGAGAUGGUCAUAUCGCAGGCCAGCAAACCACAACUCCAGUUCCAGCUCCAGCUCUAGCUGCAGCUGUAGCACGAAGUGCUAGACGCCAAGGAAGAGCAGCAACAGCAACAGCAAGAGCCACGCCAAUGUCUGCGGAUAACAACAACAAGGGCAUCCGCGCUUACUUCUUGAGCAAGUCCAACAGCCCCUUUACCCCAAACACACCGUCCGUGCUAGCGAGAGCAGCAUCGACAUCAAUGGUAUCUGCAUCAUCAUCGUCGUCGUCAUCGCCAUUCCCCUCGUCGUCGCCAUCAGCAUCGUCUCUACCACGAUGCUUGAACUCUGCUGGAAAGUCCUCUUCAGCUUUCACGUCCCCGGCGACCCCAGUGACCGGUCCAGAGCCGACGUUGUCAUUCUCCCGCUCGUCGACGUCUUCCCCAUCGCCGUCUCCUUCUCUCCCUUCUUCGCCGCUUGGCAACCAAGACUGUCGUCGCAACAACGUGGUCUGAAAUCCCAUCUUUCCUGUCAGCAAGACGCGAAAAGAGGCUCCGAGAGUGGAAAAGAGACCGUCUUCCCCAUCAGCAAAACACGAAAACAGGCUCGGAGAGCAGACAACGGACUUCAGGGCGAGAGUGCAGUGUUGGCCCAACAAUAUGUAUAUGCACUUGUGGGGGAAAACGUGUGAACAUUAACGGAGCGACAUAAGGACAGGUCCAGGAAAAGUUUACCUUAGCGAGAAGACGAAAAUGUAGAGUAAAUAUAUA